UUUACCCCAGACAAUUUUUUUCCAUUGUCGGAUAAGCUACAGUGAUUGCCAUGUACUCCCCUGGUAACCCGCUCGGCUGCUGCAUUUUCUCCGUCGCCACCGCCGACCUCGAUAAGCGACUAUCCGGUAGCGGCCGCACCGCCGUCAGAUCUUCAAAAAAGUCCCGUACCCGCCAUCUAUUUCCUCGAAUGUCCGUCGAACGGGAAAACUCCAAUACUACUAGCCUCAUCUCCGGCAUCACUAAGUUCCUAUGGGGCAACUCCCUGCCGCCCCAGCUCCUUAUUUCCACCGUUCGUUCCACGUGGUCUACCUCUUGGCACAUCAUGAUGUCCCAGCUCGCACCGUCGGAUCAAACCGGCGAUUACACCCGACCCGCCUCCCAAUUCCGCAUCCACCGUCAACAUUCACCGAACGGAAACAUGCACCUUUAUGUCGGCCUAUCUUGUCCUUGGGCCCACAGAACCCUAAUUGUCCGAGCUUUGAAGGGUCUGGAAGAUGCUAUUCCCGUCUCAAUCGCGGCCCCCGGCGCCGACGGCUCCUGGGAGUUCCGGGGUAGUCCGGCCUCGGAUAGCUAUAAGCUUGUCCCGACUUUAGACAAAUCUGACGGCCUCAAAACCCUCAAGGAUGUUUAUAGGUGCGGUGGCGCCUAUAACUGCCGCUCGACCGUCCCUAUGCUAUGGGAUUCAGACAAAAAGCAGGUUAUUUGCAACGAGAGCUACGAUAUUAUAGAGUUUUUCAAUUCUGGGUUAAAUGGGAUAGCCAGUAAUCCAGAAUUAGACCUUUGUCCACCAUCACUGAGCGAUCAGAUCAGUCAAUGGAACCAGAUCAUAUACCCUAAUGUCAACAAUGGUGUUUAUAGAUGUGGAUUUGCUCAAAGUCAAGAAUCUUAUGAUAGAGCGGUUUCAGAGUUGUUUGUUACAUUAGACAAGAUUGAUGAUCAUUUGGAGAGUUCAAGGUAUCUGUGUGGUGAUGUGUUGACACUUGCAGAUGUGUGCUUGUUCACAACCUUGAUUAGGUUCGAUCUUGUGUACAAUGUUUUGUUCAAGUGUUCCAAAAAGAAGAUUGUAGAGUAUCACAAUCUGCAUGGAUACAUGCGAGACAUAUAUCAGAUUCCUAAGGUUGCUGAGACUUGCAAUAUGGAAGCUAUAAUGGAUGGUUACUACAAGACUCUGUUUCCUCUUAACCCCAGCAGCAUUCGGCCUGUAAUGCCAUCAGAUUUCCAGGAUGGUACUUUAUUGAAAUCACAUAAUAGGAACAUGUCAAUAACGGCACGGAAGCUUUACAGCUCCGUCUCUUGAAACCAAAAAUAUAAUGGAGCGCAUCAUGUUCUACUUUUUAUAAAGUAUCAGGCUAAGUAAUGCUUGAUGGUUGCCAUGGAUUACCUUAGAAAUCAUCCUUGUGAAUACACACACACCUCAUAAUGAUGUAUAUUAUUCAUGUAAAGGUAUAGAUGUAAUUUCAUAUGCAUGGUGAACCCUGGAAGGUCUUUGAGCAUUUUUACAACACGCAAAGCCCGAUGCAGGAGAACUCAAUGAGCGUGGUGCAUAUACACUAGGUCCAUAUAAAACUUUCCCAGUUGGAUGGGUUUAUGAUGGAUAUCAAAUUCUAAUGAAAUAGAGCAUGAAUAAAUUAUAAUUAGACAGUCACAUUAGGGAAUCAGAUCAGCUUACCUCUUAUCAUUUGAAACACUUGGAUUGUGCGAGGAAUGAAAUGCUGAAUUUCCGAUUUCUAUAAAACGUGGAAUCUUUGUUCAUGGACUUUCAAACCCAGUUGUGAGCCUCAUACCCCAUUACCCAAGAAAUCCCAAGGAUUACACGUUAAUCCAAACGUGUAUUUAUCCUUAAUGUUUGACGUGUAAAACAGUAAAACUUAGGCUUGUAUAAAUACUUGAUUCGUUC